CAGUCUCUGUGCUCUACUCUGUCAAACAGGAAGUCACUCUUUUUGUCUCUACUGUUUUGUCAGAGUUCUCUAGAAGUGACAUCGGAGUGACAGGAGCUGCUGAAGUCUGCGUUGGUGCCCGUCUCUCCACUGUUUGACCAAAAAGAAUAGCAGCAGGAACCAUAGAGGAACAAUGUUACGGCGAAAACCUUCCAACGCCUCAGAGAAGGAGCAGGUGCAGGAGAAGGUGCAGAAGAAGAAGCUCACUCUGCAGAGGUCCAGCAGCUUCAAGGACUUCAUGAAGCCCAAGUCCCCAGUAGUGGUGGACAAGGAGCUCAACUUGGACUACACAGUGCCAGAGGAUAUGCCUGUGGAGGAUGCAGUGAAGAGUGGCAGUAAGCAGGGGAAGAAGUCGUGGCGUAACGUCAUCUCACGCACCAUGACCCGCAAAACCUCCAAGACGGUACAGAAGGCCCUGGCAGAGGAGGGGGGGGAGAGUGGUGAUGAGGGCUCCCUGUCUCCCACCACAGACUGGAUGCCAGGCCUGACAGCAGGCAAUAGGACAUCUGUGUGCUCCAAUGGCUCCGAGGACACUGUCCACAGCCCCGUCUCUCGCCAGCUCUCUGGGUGUGGGGACCGCCAGAGCCUGGACAGUGGCUACAGCCAGAGAGACAGCAUGAGGCUGGAGGAGUCCAGUCCUCCCUACACAGGCCCCUUCUGUGGUCGUGCUCGUGUCCACACAGACUUCAUCCCUAGCCCCUACGACAUAGAGUCCCUCAAGCUCCAAAAAGGUGACAUCAUCCAGAUCAUUGAGAAGGACCCGGUGGGCACAUGGACAGGGAAGCUCAACAACAAGGUGGGCACCUUCAAGUUCAUCUAUGUCAACAUCUUACCGGACGAGGCCACGCCACCCAUGAGGAAAAUGUGCCCCAGCAAGAACCGCUUCUCCAAGGCCAAAAACAAGCCCCAGACCCUGGAGGAAGUUCUGGAGAGGAUCGGUCUCACCGAGCUGGGCUCUUUGCUGUCUAUGCACGGCUUCCAAAGCCUGGAGGACUUUGGCGGGCUGAAGGAGUCCCACCUCAAUGAACUGAACAUCACAGAUGCUGAGCAACGUACCAAGAUUCUGACUGCUACUGAGCUGCUGCGUGACUCGGAUGACGAGUCUGAGCCAGAGGAGGAGGGAAGUAGCACUGAGGAGAAGGGUGACGUACCCAGGGACUCUGGCUGCUUCGAGAGCACAGAGAACAUGGAGAACGGGCGCCAUGAACCAGAGGGAGAGCCUGGUAUGCAGCAGAAGUCUAACCAGGAGCCAGAGCAGCAACAGAGAGAGGAGAAUCAGCUGAGCUCUGUUGAGGAGCAACUGCAGGAGCUUACAGUGGAUGAGGAGAUCUCCUGAGAACUGUGAAGAAGCUCUGGAAUUGAAGAGAACCUUGGUUGGUUGACUUUACUAAUGGACAUUUAUCAAAAGCCAACGACAAUUGGUUGAUUUAUUCAAACCAUCAGAAUAGUGAUAAAAUCAGGAUUAAGCCAUAUAUACUGCAAGGGAGUGUCUUUUCAUUUGUUGCCCCCAUACUUUUGAAACAAAGAGCCAUAGGGUCUGCAACCGUAGCAUGAGCUCCACCAGUAACUAUUGAAAAUGUUUUGGAAGAAUGCAAGACCUUUGAAAGUAUCUAUUUUUUGUUGAAAGCUUGGUGUGGUCAGGCUGUAAAUACAAGUGUUAUCCUUUUCCCUGAUACCAUGGCAUUUGAGCAGUUCUGAGUGGAUUUUAUAUAUACUGAGAGCAUUCAUAUCAUCAUCUUUCCAGGGCACUAUUAAGACCUUAGUAAGGGCAUAAAAACGGUAAUAUUCUUCUGUGUGUUUCGGACUUGAUAUAGUCACGCAAUUCCUAUUUCCAUCAAUGGACAGGUAAGAAAUUACUUUCCUGUGUCUUUUUUUAAUCCUUUAUUCUGUCAUCUUUAAUCUAUUACUUUUGAACAUUUUAGGUGUUUUGAGUUUUCAAUGUGUAAUGCUUUUGCUUGAAUGUUUUUUUUGGGGGGAAAUAGACAACCAAUUCUUGAAUAUGACCUAUGAAUGAAUGUUUCUAUAGUAUGUGGACUGUAUAUAACGUUGUAGACAUUUGACAGCACCAAAGUCAUAUCUCAUGUGUUCAGAGUUACUGUGUAUUUGGUUUUACCUUUUUGUUGUGUUGAUCAAAGUUAAUAUCUGUAUGUCUGUCAUAGUUGUUAGGUUGACUUUUCUGUAUUCAAUUUUAAAUAAAACACAUUUUUAUA